AUGCCCUCCCGCUCCCCUCCCAUUGCCCGUCUCCUGCAUCUACGCCGCCUGUCCAAGUCCGCUCGAGAUUACCUACUCCGCUUCGCCGCCAUCGCGAAGGAACACUCCGACCAGCCCCCCCCGCCCCCGCCUCUCCCGUCACGACCACGGUCCCCACACCCGUACGACUACAACCGCCUCAUGUCCGCGCUCGUUGCUUCAGUUGGCGGUGACCACCCAGGCGCCGGCGCCGAGCGGUCCCUCCACCUGCUCGACGAAAUGCGGAGCCUCAUGGGGCGCCGCCCCGAUGCCGCCUGCUUCACCACGGCCGCCGCUGCGUUCUCAUCGGCGUCUCAACCGGGAGCCGCGCUCGCCGUGCUAAACGCCAUGGCAGCCGAUGGCGUCGUGCCCGACGCUGCCGCGUGCACUGUACUCGUCGGGGCGUACGCCUGCCGCUUGCAUUGGUUCGACGCGGCCUACGAGGUCGUGAGGUGGAUGACGGCGAAUGGCGUGGCCCCGGACGUAGUCACCUACUCGACGCUGAUAUCUGGGCUGUGCAGUGCCGGGCGGGUGGCUGAGGCGCUUGGCGUGCUGGACUUGAUGCUGGAGGAAGGGUGCCAACCCAAUGCUCACACGUAUACGCCCAUCUUGCACGCCUACUGCACGAGUGGGAUGAUACAUGAGGCCAAGGAUCUCUUGGAAACGAUGAUUGCAGCUGGUUUUGCACCAAGCACAGCCACUUACAAUGUCCUGGUUGAAGCUCUAUGCAAGGCUUGUGCUUUUCAAGAAGUAGAUGCACUUCUUGAGGACAGCAGUGCAAAAGGGUGGACACCAGAUAUAAUCACAUACAGUACUUACAUGGAUGGACUAUGCAAAAAUGGCAGAGUAGAUAAGAGCCUUGCAUUGGUUGAUAAGAUGCUGUCUGUUGGGCUGCGUCCCAAUGAGAUUACUCUGAAUAUCCUCCUUGAUGGGGUUUGCCGCAGGUCAACUGCUUGGGCUGCAAAGUGCCUCUUGGAGUGCAGUGCAGAGAUUGGAUGGCAUGUCAAUGUUGUCAACUACAACACUGUGAUGAGGAGGCUUUGUGAUGAGCGGAGAUGGUUGUCUGUUGUCAAGCUCUUCGUCGAUAUGGUCAAGAAGGGAAUUGCUCCAAAUAGCUGGACUUUCAGCAUUGUGAUCCAUAGUCUCUGUAAACUUGGGAAGCUUCAUGAAGCACUUUGCUUGCUUGGAAGUGAAGAGUUUGUCGCUGAUGUUGUGACAUACAAUACUUUGAUCCGUCAUCUCAAUUUCCUGGGGAAAUCUUAUGAGGCCUAUCUCCUGCUUCAUGAGAUGAUUGAGAAAGGUAUUGCUCCCAAUGACAUCACCUACAGUCUUUUGAUUGAUUGUCUCUGUAAAGAGGGAAAAUUCUUGGUUGCACUUAGCUGUUUGAACCAAUGUAUGGAAGGUGGGCUCUCUAAAGCUGCAGUAUCAAGUAUUUUACGAGGUCUCAUCGCUGGUGGUAAGCUUCGUGAAUUGCAAGCGCUAAUCGGAUGGAUUAUUGGACAAGGUUUCACAAUAGAUGUGUAUAUGUACCAGGAAUUAAUCAUUUCUUUUUGUAAGAAAGGAUAUUGUCGAGGUCUUGAAAUGUACAUAGUGUGUCACAUAUUGGAAAGAAUGAUCAGUCUGAGAUGA